UCAACUUUAGAAAUUAUCAUCUUAACUCUUAAAUCCCCAUUUUUUUAUCUUUUCUUCUUUUUCCGUGGAGCUGGGAAGUGACGACGAGAAGAAGGGACUUUCUCGAUCUGCUAGGGUUUUUCAAGGUAGAGGAGAAUCAAUGGCGGGAGUUGGAACAUCCAUGCUUGUCUCUGUUCUUCUGUUCACAGUGGUCCUCUCGCUCCAAGAAAUGUACCGAGGAAAGUUAGCUUCUUCGGAGCUGUUCACGAUCCUUGGAGGCUUCACUAGCUCCCUCCUCUUUCUCUUCUCUCUCACUUUCAUAGGAAAUCUCCAGGAGUCUUCUGGUGGGAAGAGUAGCUGGGGUGCAGUGAUUAUUGCGGAAAUCAUAGCUCUUGUUGCUGCUAGCACGGUGCAUCGAGUUUGUAUUACAACCUGUUUCUUGUUCUCCGCUGGGCUGUUAUACGAGAUGAACAAGAUCUCAGGAUACAUGCUCUCCAGAGCUGAGUCAAAAUCUAAAAGGCACUGAAUCAGAGAACGGGAUUACUAAGUACCAUGAUGUUCUCCUAGUUUCUUUUGUUUAGCACUAAAAGACUCAUAGAUACUGCCAGCCACUCCAUGAGGCAUGAACUAUGAAAUUUAGUAUUUUCCUCAACUUAUGCUUGACUUGAUCGAUUUUGCAGUUGCCGAUAUGCAUAUCAUGUUUGAUUAA